AUGUUCCCUACUAAAUUGACUGUACUUCUCGUCAUCAUUGGACUCGUAAUGUCAGCUCCACAAGGAGGUCAACAAGAGAGACAAGAAGGUGGACAAGGAGGACAGGGUGGUCGUGGAGGAUCAACGCCUUCUGGAGGAAUCGGAGGAUUCGGAGGACAACAAGGACAACAAGGUGGACAAGGAGGUUUCGGAGGAAAUAAUGAAUCGAGUUUCGGAGGACAACAAGGAGGUCAACAGGGAGGACAAGGAGGUCAGGGAGGUUUCGGUGGACAACCACAAAAUAAUUGA